CAGGAAAUCUGAGCCUUGAGUUCAGUGGUGGUGUUGAAGAUGCCGUUCCUCCUGCCGCUCCUUGCCCUCCUCCUCCUGUCCGCCGCUCCCACAGUAACUGAAGUUGUGACAGCGAUGACGGCCUGUGACCAAAACUUUCUUAACCAAACCUCACCACAGAUAGGGGGAAUCUUGGAGGGAGGGAACAUCCUGGACCAGAACAGAUACAAGACCAUUUGCCAGACCUUGAGGGACGAGAAAAUAUUUGUGACACUCUACGACACCACCAACAAGAUCCCAGUGUUCUCUGCUUACAAGUACACUGGGAUAAACGAGUCAGCGAGACAAAAUCAGUGGAAGAUAGAACCACAGCUUGAGGAAAUAAAGUUGAAUGCAAACAUGGAGAUUGAAGAGGAAGGGAAGAGCUACACUCACCAGGCCGAUAAUAAAAAUUACAUUAACGACCGAGGAUUCCAAAAAGGACAUUUGUUACCACAAUCCUACGGUUGGGACAUAAUUGCAAAAAGAGCUACCUUUACGCUGACCAACAGUGUUCCUCAAGUAGAUUCAUUUAAUUCGAAAAGCUGGAGUUACAUGGAGUCCUGCGUUAAAUGUGUCCUUGAUAAAUACUGCAUCGAUGCAAAUGGUAAAACAGAAGGCUUUGUGGUGACCGGAGCACGGCCCAGCAACAACAACCUCCUCAACAGCAAGGUUAAUAUUCCCUCCAUGCUCUGGUCAGCUUUCUGCUGCUACAGCAGUAGUCAGGGGGCGUGGUUAGCAAGUGCACACUGGGGUGACAACAUUCCAGAUGGAGGUCGAGUGCUUCAGACCAAGACCUUGGACGAGCUACGUCUAGAGCUGGGAGCACCAUCUGAAGCAUUCCCAGGAACAAACUGUCCGAUCCACACCACUGUCACCCACCUUUACCCUCAACUCGAUAAGUUCUGUAAGUGCCCUAAACCUGUUUCAACAUCUGUAUCUCCAUAACCUGGCCCUGUCACUACGACAUACUAGAGUAACAACUAGCAAGAGUUUUGGGCUCAAAUAUAAAAAUAAAAGAUCAUUAACCCAAUCAAGCAGUGAUGGCACAACGACCACUAACAUUUCUGUGCUACUAACAUAUAAGAGAAAUUUACCUUUUUCUCCUGUUCCAAUUGAUUACUCGAGUUUUAACAUGGUUGUGAUGUGAUCUUAAGAAUAGUAUGAGAAUGUCCGACUAUUCCUUGAAUAACAUUUUGAAACUAACAAUUUAGCAGCAAUUAAAUAUCACUUACUUAUAGCACAUUGUAGUUUUGCUUUUUUUGAAGAAAUUGUACUUUCUUGAUUCUUGUUGUUGUGGGUUUGUACCCUCAUGGUUGAUGCACUUAUUGUGAGUCGCUUUGGAUAAAAGCUUCAGCUAAAUGAAAUGUAAAGUAAAAAAUGAAUUCUUUGCAGAAUUCUUUUUUUUCCAUGCAGCUCAUAUUAAACCAAUCUUUAAAUGCAAUAUCAUUCUGCUCUCUGAUAUUUUUGAAGUUUGUUGUUUAAAAGUGUACGGCUUCUUAAUGUAACUUUGAUUUCCAUUAAAGACUGUGACUAGAUUAAAUCUAAGGCUCCAACCAGCA